UUUCACUUUCCCCCUUCUCUUUCAUUGUAUCGCACCCACUCCCGCCUCCUACCUUUAUGCCCGCUGCUUCGAUCCUCCGUUCUUCACUUUCCAGCCGAUGUAGAUGAAGCUUGCUCCGCCGGAUUCCUUCGAUCGUUGUCUCUCUCAUCGGGCGAUUCGCUUGAUGACCUUCAUCGCCGGUCUCCUCCCUUCACGACCUUCACCGCCUGCCGCCUCAGCAACCACCAAUCGCUGUUAUCGAUUGAAAUCAUCUCAAGGUAUUGUAAUCGAACCAGCUCACGUUCUUUUCCUCUCCAUCUGUCUGCCUCUCGAAUCCAGCUAGCAUAACAAAUUUGGUGAAGAAGGAGACGAAAUUGAUGUAACUUGCACUUCUUGUGUCAAGGUUUUCCUUGUCAACUUUGUUUAAUGUCUCAAGACUGCUAAUCUAUCCAGUUAAACAAGUUUGAAGCAAUGCACUUUUUGGGCGUAAUAUUAUUAUUUAUCUUCAAUGAUUUAUCGAGAAGUAGUUUCCUUUUAAAGCAUAUGAAAUGGUUAAAACGUUGCAUGACCAGGUGAAGUUCACCAAGGUCAAGUUUUAGAAACAUUGCAUCAACAAAAUUGGGAAUCCACUCACGAAGCAAUGUGAGACUUGAACCAAAACAUCCCACUGAGGCACCAACAAACUAGCACCCCGAGGAUCUAACCAGCCAACCUACCCAAACAGAACCUGAAUCUUGGAUGAAAGACCAAAGGACUCGUAGCUAGAGUAAAAGAAAACCAUGCAACACACAGUUAAGACCCACUCAAUAUCGGCACAACACACAGUUAAGCCCUCUAUGGCAACUUUCAACUGCUCCAUUCGUUCAGCAUCAGCAGCCUCCAGCAUGACAAUCUUUUCUUCCAACUGCUUCUUUUCAGACUCCAACACCUCUAGUCUACUCGCAAGUUCAGAGUUGGACUCUUCCAACGAAAAAUUCAUUAGGUGAGCUUCUUCUCUUAGAGCUUCUGAGUGCUCCAAUUGACUUUCCAAACUCCAACUCAUAAUGCUCGGCUUCAAUUUUCCUCGUAUUAUUGAGAUACCAAGAGCGUUGUUGCUCAGACGUCCCCUCAGUUACAUCAAUAGCUUUUACCUUUAUCAAUACACAGUUCCUUCUCAACAUAAGAAGGAAAUUCCAAUAUCUGCUCCAGAUCCAUAAACUGGCACCUCUGACGGCUUCUAGAUCUCAAAUUCCGGUCAUCUCACAUCAUUAGCAGUCUUCUUUCUACUCUUCUGAGUUCGUUCCUGAAGAGCUGGGCUCCGAUGACUUCAUGUAAUCCACCUCCGCAUCAUCUUGUUCGUCAGAAGAACCAGGCAGGAGAAUGUCAUCUAAAUCCCUCAUCUUUUCCAAGGGGAAAGAAAACAGUUGCUCUCCGUCAGGACCUACAAAGGAAAUAGAGAUUAGAAAUAGUAGGACUACCUUCGAGUAAUAAUGACUUUCAGUAUGACUAGUUGACUACUUUGUACAAGAAUUUCCACCAUUAGUAGGAUAUACCUUCGAGUAAACAAUCCAGAUAUUGAAGAACACUAAGAUUGAACGGAGGUAAGUUAUCCUUGCACCCAUGACUAUUUUCUUCCUUGCCAAUAGAACCUUCAUCGUCAGAUUUGAAUGAGAUACCACUGCUGUUGCCCCCAAUGAUGGUAUUCUUCCCUUCUUUCACAAAGCCAUUGUCUUGUUCCUGCUCCAGUGUUAAAGAAAUAAUGGUAUAUUUAAUCUUUUUGACUUAGGAAAUGAUAAUACGUAUAUUAUAUCUAUUAAAAAGUUAAACCUACUUGCAAAAACUGAUUAAUCUUUAUCAAGAAACCCCGUCGAAGAUAAGGUACAAAAUAUGAGAAAGUGUUCAGUUCUAAAACCCCCGGUCAAAAAAAAUACAGAUAGGUACAGAGAAUCUUCCCCCAAUCGACAAGAUUUUGGGACAAAUUUCUUUUAAGCCCAUCUAUGAUGGCCUCCAAUUAUACAUCAUAAACAAGUACACAACAACAAAGCGGAUAAACAGCCACUUUACCCAGGGGUCAAAUCCAUGGUAAUGGGUUUUACCCAUGGAUUUCCUUUGAUUCAAAUCAUGGGUAAAAUUAUAGUUAGCUG